AUGCCGUCACAGCAGGCGAGCGCGCACUGGCAGCUGCGUUUGAAUGGAGUAUUUGGGCGGUGUCAGCGUUAUCCGGUGACAGAUCUGUACACUUAUGAUGUGUCCCCCGCAGCCCUGGUGCGUCUGAGGACUAUCCUCCAGAAACUGGCACACAGAGGUUACACUUGGCAGGAUGGUACCACUCAGCAAGUCAUCUCAAAGGAGCUCUCAAAGAUUCCCAAAAUCCCUCUCGGGCGCUCAGAAAGCCCCUUUUUUGGCCUUGCCAGCAACUCCAGGGCUCCAGCUGCUAACAGAGACAGGAAGUUGAAGGUGGAGGAGGCAGAACUUGGUAUGUCGUUACAGAGGUACCUUCAGGACCUGGGUUUCAUGCCUUCCUAUGUCACCCCUUCCAAACUGAAGGGGCCUUUCAGCAAGUACGAAGAGGACGGGAGGGCCGACCUCACGGAUUACGUCCAGCCAAAGACUCGGGGCAAGCCGAAGUCUCCUUUCUCCUUCCUCUCUCCCCGUCCUCCUCCAUCCUCCAGCAAACUCUCAAAAGCUGGACCCAAUCCCCAGCCCCUGAUGGAGCAGCCUGCCCAAGCAUCAUCACCCUUCGGCGGGCGAAAUCAGGACCAAGCCGGGCUUCUUCUGUCAGAGCUGGAGCAGUACCUAGUGGGAAUGAAGGGAAGCCCCAUGGCUGACGUUGGUCGAGCCCAGGGGAAGGUUCAGUACUUUGGCCGAGGGCGUCCUGGAGGUCUCAAAGGAAGCUCGGUCAUCUUCCGGAAGUUUCCAGGAGCUUCAAAACCGCCGCCACCCAGAACUGACAGAUUGUUCUUCAAGUCUGGACCUCAGCCCCCUGAACCUAAGGAACCCCUGAGUCUGGUAGAUGAGAAGUUCAUCCAGGGUGUGGUGAAUCAGCUGGGCCGCCAGAGCGUGAAUGUGGAUGCUUUGACCCCGAAAGACCUGGAUCAACUCUCAGCGGUCAUCACACAGGCCCUGCAGGUAGUGGAUCAGAACCAGAACCAGGGCCAGGUCCCAGGGAUCAAAGGACGAGAGGUCACCAAUGACGACACGCAAGGGGCGGAGGUCACGGCGAAAAGAGAGCAAACGGCUGCCACCUCCCAAGCAGGAGACAAGAUGAAUGUGCAUGGAGAAGAUUCCACCCACAGAGAGAUACAAUCAGAAGAUGUCGGGCCAAAGACAGAGGACAAGGACCAAGAGUUUCUCCGUGAGCUACUGGAGUAUCUGGACCACAACUCUGAGAGUGAACGCUCUGGGCUUGAAACCCAGAAACAAGAGCCCUUCCUGGGCUACAACGGAAGCCUUGCGCCCCCAUUUCCUGCAGGAGUGGAGAACGUCCAGAGUAGAACCACGCAAACGGAACUCAACUUGCCCACAAAGAAAGAACCAGGCUCCACCAGUCUUCUUGUGGAUCUGGAGCCUGAAGUGGAACAGCUGAUGGAUGAAGGUUCUCCAGGGUCUGAACCAAAGCUUCAGCUGGAACCUCAGAAGAAGGACAUGGAGAUAGAAAGAGGCCCAGAGGUGGAGAAGAAAGGAGUGAGUGUGGAGGAGAAGCUAAGGGUGGAUGUGGCUGCGUACUCGAGUCCAGAGAAGGACUUUGGCUACGUUAUCACCGAAGAUUCUCUGUCCACUGAUCAGGGACUUAACCUGAUGAGGCUUCUGGCUGAGAGAGUCAAGCUCCAUGUGACCGACUUCCUCCAGCUCUCGGUACUGGGACCAGCUGUAACCUUUAGAGUUCGCCCCAACGCACAAAACAUCAGUACAGCGCAAUUGGCCAGGGUGGCAGUGGAGGAGAAGGGCCAGUUGGAGAGAGAGAGCGGUGUGAAGAUUCUGGAGGCGGGGCUGAGUGAUCGAGGAAAACUGAAUCAGAUUCCCGUCGUCAAGCAAAGCCGUUUGGAGCCCAGCAACUUUGUGGUCCUGACGGUGGUCUCUAUGGUGUUUAUCGUCGUAGUGGUGGGGUUAACAGGGGCGCUGUAUUGCUUGCGCCAUCGCUCAAAUUACAAGUUGAAGAAGCUGGCCAGUUUGGGGACUGACACUUGCAAUGAUGCUACAGCGACCUAUCAGGACCUGUGUCGUCAGCGCAUGGCCGUUCAGACAUCGGAGCGCACGGAGAGAGUGGAACCUUUACAUGCCUCACACACCUCGCGCAUUAACAGUGUGUCCUCGCAGUUCAGCGAUGGGCCCAUGGCCAGUCCCUCCGCACGGAGCAGCACCUCCUCCUGGAGCGAGGAGCCUGCCCAUACCAACAUGGACAUCUCUACCGGACACAUGAUACUGUCGUAUAUGGAGGAUCACUUGCAGAAUAAGGAUCGUUUGGAGAAAGAGUGGGAAGCCUUGUGUAAGUACCAGGCUGAGCCAGCAGUGUGUGCCGUGGGCCAGAAAGAACACAACGCCCAGAAGAACCGCCUGCAAGGCGUCCUCGUCUAUGAUCACUCCAGAGUCAUCCUGAAAGCGGAGAAUAACCAUGGCAACUCUGAUUACAUCAACGCCAGUCCCAUUAUGGAUCAUGAUCCUCGAAACCCAGCGUACAUCUGUGCCCAAGGACCUUUGCCUUCCACAGUCCCAGACUUCUGGCAGAUGGUUUGGGAAAGCGGAUGCGUGGUGAUCGUCAUGCUAACACCACUAGCGGAGAACGGGACCAAGCAGUGUCACCAGUACUGGCCAGAUGAAGGCUCCAACCUGUACCACAUCUACGAGGUGAACUUAGUCUCCGAGCACAUCUGGUGCGAGGACUUCUUGGUUCGCAGUUUCUACCUAAAGAACGUUCAGACCAACGAGACUCGCACGGUCACGCAGUUCCACUUCCUGUCCUGGAUGGACCAGAGCAUUCCAGAAUCUGCCAGAACUCUACUGGACUUCCGCAGAAAGGUUAACAAGUGCUACCGGGGACGCUCCUGUCCCAUUAUUGUCCACUGCAGUGACGGCGCAGGGAGGAGUGGAACAUACAUUUUGAUUGACAUGGUCCUCAAUAAGAUGGCUAAAGGUGCUAAAGAGAUUGAUAUUGCUGCUACCCUGGAGCAUUUGCGAGACCAGAGAGCUGGAAUGGUACAGACCAAGGAGCAGUUUGAGUUUGCUCUGACUGCAGUGGCAGAGGAGGUGAAUGCCAUUCUCAAAGCUCUUCCUCAGUGA